UUAUACGAGGUCUCAUUUCCUCAAACUCUUUAGCAUCUUGUUUUCCGAUUGGUCACAUUUAAUUAAAAAAACAAAGGUAGCAAAAUCAGGACAUUUAGCAGCCAGCCAAACGUAAAGAAUGUCAAAAUGGGCAGUGGCUAUUCCUCUCCAUCAAUCUUACAAAGCAGCAGCACUUGCUUACCAUCCUAUUGUUCUACUACCUCUCCUUUUCAAUCCCAAGAAUCACAAACAAACUCUUUAAAUUUCUGCUCACCUACUAGAUUCUUGGAAACCCAUCUCAGAAAAUCUUCCAAGAUUUUAAUACCAAGAUCCCCAUUUUCAGCAAUCUCAUCAUUGAAGUGUGCUAAAGUGCACAAAAUGGAGACCCAAGUGGAAGAUUCUGUGAAACCCAUUGUUGAUCCUCAUGAUAUAGACCCAAAGUUGGUGCAGAAACUUGCUUAUGAUGCCCUUGUUUGGUGUUCUCUGAAUGGUCUUCUUGUUGGUGACAGAAAUUCAAAGAGGUCAGGAACUGUUCCUGGUGUUGAUAUGGUUCAUGCUCCAGUUGCUUUGUUACCAAUGUCAUUUCCUGAAAGUCACUGGAAGCAAGCUUGUGAAGUUGCUCCUAUUUUCAAUGAACUUGUCGAUCGUGUGAGUCAGGAUGGAGAAUUUCUGCAGCAAUCACUCUCUAGGACAAAAAAAGUUGAUCCUUUCACCUCCAGACUACUAGAAAUCCACUCCAAGAUGUUAGAAAUCAACAAGAUAGAGGAAAUACGCUUGGGGUUGCAUCGCUCAGACUAUAUGCUGGAUGAGCAAACUAAAUUGCUUCUGCAAAUAGAGCUUAACACAAUUUCAUCAUCAUUUUCAGGGCUAGGUUGUCUAGUCAGCGAGCUUCACAGGAGCUUGCUUCAACAAUACAGAGAAGGCAUUGCAUUAGAUCCUAACAGAAUUCCCACAAACAAUGCUGCAAAUCAAUUUGCUGAAGCAUUGGCUAAAGCUUGGAAUGAAUAUGGUGAUCCAAGGGCUGUAAUUAUGUUUGUGGUUCAAGCUGAAGAACGCAACAUGUAUGACCAGCAUUGGCUUUCUGCUUCAUUGAGAGAAAGACAUCAAGUUACAACUAUCAGAAAGACACUGGCUGAGAUUGAUGCACUUGGCGAACUUCAACAAGAUGGUACCCUUGUUGUAGAUGGUCAAGCUGUGGCAGUCAUUUAUUUUAGAGCUGGCUAUGCACCAAGUGACUAUCACUCAGAAUCUGAGUGGGGAGCUAGGCUUCUGAUGGAGCAGUCACGUGCAGUCAAGUGCCCUUCAAUUUCCUAUCAUUUAACUGGCACCAAAAAGAUUCAGCAAGAGCUUGCUAAGCCCAAUGUACUGGAAAGGUUUCUGGAAAACAAAGAUGACAUUGCCAAACUACGGAAAUGCUUUGCAGGUUUGUGGAGCUUGGAUGAAUCCGAUACUUUCAAGGAUGCAAUUGAGAAGCCUGGAUUGUAUGUUAUGAAACCACAACGAGAAGGAGGAGGAAACAAUAUCUACGGCGAGGACGUGAGAGAAGCUCUUCUGAAACUGCAAAAGGAAGGUACUGGAAGUGAUGCAGCAUACAUACUAAUGCAGAGGAUUUUUCCCAACAUUUCAAACUCAAUACUAAUGCGAGAAGGCAUCCCUCAUAAAGAACAAACCAUAUCAGAACUUGGGGUAUAUGGUUCCUAUUUAAGGAAUAAAAAUGAAAUUCUAAUCAACCAACAGGCUGGUUACUUGAUGCGAACAAAGGUCUCUUCAUCGAAUGAGGGUGGAGUUGCAGCCGGUUUUGCAGUUUUGGACAGCAUAUACUUGGUUUGAUGGAAUUGGCUUGCACUUUCACGUUGUAACAAAGGUUGAAUGCGGAAGCUGGACAGGUAGUAUCCUACAUUAUGUUGGAACACCAUGGUUUUGACUUGUUUCACCUUCCUUGUUUCACAUUGUAUUUUUCUUGUUUCACAUCUUAAAUAAAUAGGGGUCCAUAUUUUUUUCUGAAGGAAGUGGACACAAUAAUGAUAGUUAGUUCAAAGUUCUUGCUUCUAAAUUAAACCCAAUUCAGUGUUUGAUCUCUUUGUUACCCUAAGGCUUUACUGUUCUGCUAGAGACAUUACCAAAUUUGAGCAUAUGAUCUGUUGCUCAUCAGUCAUCACUCCUGUAAUUCACAUUUGUUGGUACUACCGAGGUUGCUCAUCUGA